AAAGGUCCACAGAAAGCAGAAGUCUAUCUUCAAGGAGCACUGAAAACUUACCUUGCUGAGGGCUGGGCAUUGCUCGUCACACAUACGAGAAAACAGUUAGCUGAAUGUCAGAAGCACCUUGGGCAAAUAGAAAAUUAUCUUCAAACAAGCAGCCUUUUAGCUGGUGAUAAUCACUUAACAGGAGAUGAACGCAAAAGCUUUUGCCAAGAAAUACUAGAUUUUGCCAAUCAGCAAGCAGAGAACCAAGGUCAAAAGGUUAUAUUGCCUAUGCACUCCUUUGCACAGUUGAAAACUCUACAUUUUGACCCUCCAAAUGCUGUUGUCCAUGUGGGUGGAAAGUUGUCUAUUGAGUUGACUUUGGUGAGCCAAAUGCCCAUCCCUGUCCAAGUGGAUCAGAUUGCUAUCCAUGUUCACUUCAGCAUCGAAAAAAAUAGUUACAGAAAAACAGCCGAGUGGCUGACUAAGCACAAAACUUCCAAUGGUGUUAUCAGCUUUCCAAAUGAAGUUGCAGGCUUUCCUUUGUCAAGAAACAACUUGCCAGCGCUGGAGCUAUAUGAAAUGUAUGAACGGAGUCCCUCGGAUAAUGCAGGAAUUAUCUGCAAAAAUGUGCACAUGCUACUACGAAGGCAAGAGAGCAGCAGUUCACUGGAUGUGCCCUCAGGGGUGACUUUAGAAGAUGGGGCUCAUGUCUUGAAAUGCAACAACUUAAUACUGGAACCAGGGGUCAAUAAAAUAACAUUCAAUACUCAGGCCAAAGAACCUGGGACAUACACGCUCAGGCAACUGUGCACUUCAGUGGGAAAAGUACAGUUUGUCCUUCUUCAUAUUUACCCAAUUGUGCAGUAUGAUGUAUAUGCUCAGGAGCCCCAGCUGAAAGUGGAACCGAUGACUGAUAGCCUUUUGGCCGGCAUUCCCCAGAAGGUGAAAUUCACAGUGACUACUGGUCACUACACCAUGAAGAAUGGUGACACUUUGCAGCUCAGUAAUGCGGAUGCCAUGCCUAUUCUGUACCACCCAGACAGCAAGGCAGUGAUCUAUUCCAACACCAGAGAAAAGAUCUCAGAAUCAUCAUUAAGGAUUCAGUCUUCUGAAAAGAUCACAAGCAUCAGUUUGCCGGUAGCUCCUGCAUAUCAUGUGAUUGAAUUUGAGCUAGAAGUCAUGUAUUUGCCAUCAGCCACAGAACCUGCAGUGGAGAAAGAAAAUACUACAAAUAAAGAAGUUCACAGAAAAAACAGAGAGAAGCAGAAACAGGACAACUGCAUGGCUACUGUUGACCAAAAAGUAACCAUUGAUUGUCCUUGGUCGAUUUACUCCACUAUUAUUGCAUUAACAUUCUGCAUACCUUUUAAUGCCAAGCAUUCCUUAUUGUCAGCUGGCAAACGGAAAUAUGUGCAAGUCUGUGUACAGAAUUUGUCAGAACUCUGCUUCCAGCUUUCAGACAACAGCUUAAAAAAUUCUGCUGACUGUACAGAUUUGCAGUUGGUACCUCUGAACCCUGAAUCUCAACAGGUCAUAUACAGUAAGCAAUCAAUAUUCUUUGUAUGGGAAUUGAAGUGGACAAAAGACCUUCCUCUCUCCUUGCAGUGCCUGUUUUCAGUCAGCUUUUGUCCAGCUACCUCUGAAGAACAGUCUUUUUCCCUGAAGCCCUUCACUUAUGAAUUCCAAGUGGAAAAUUUUUUUACAUUGUAUCAUGUGAAAACUGAAAUUUUUCCACCACUGGGGGCAGAGUAUUGUAAAACAGGCUCACUCUGCUCUUUAGAGGUGUCAAUUACCCGACUUGUUGACCUCUCGGAGGUUGACAGAGAUGAAGCAUUAACAGAAUCGGAUGGAUAUUGCACAACAAAACUUAUGUAUGAAGUUGUUGACAACAGUAGUAACUGGGCAGUCUGUGGAAAAAGUUCUGGAGUCAUAUCUAUGCCUGUAGCAGCUCGAGCAACUCACAAAGUCCACAUGGAAGUGAUGCCACUGUUUGCUGGAUAUCUACCUUUUCCUGAUGUCAGACUGUUUAAAUACCUCCCUCACCAUUCUGCUCACUCCAUGCAACUUGAUGCUGAUAGCUGGAUUGAAAAUGAUAACCUCUCUGUGGACAAGAAUGUGGAUGAUCAAGCUGACAGCAGCAGCAUAAGGAGCAGAGGUAGCUUGCAUUCUGCAGCUAGCGGGGAACACAAAGGUUUGCCAAUGCCUCGUCUGCAAUCCUUUUCAUCCGGUCAGGUCUUCAACUGCAGCACGGGUAUGCAAAUACUUGUCAUUCCCAGCAAGGACGACCAUGUUCUGGAAGUCAAUAUCACGUGACAACUCGGUAUGAAAACACAGAAAACAAAACCCGUUAGAAACUGGAUAUGAAAGCACUUUAAAGGAUUAUGACCUGAUUAGUCUUUGUUGUAACAUUCUAACUCUAAGGAGACCUAUGGCACUUGACAUGUACUGGCCAUGGAAGCACCAGACAAUUGUAUCAAUUUAAAUGUACA